GUCAUGAGUCGUCACGCUGUGUUCACAAGUCCCCUGAAAAGAUCAGGGCAGGAAGUGAUCGCAGGUCCGGCACUCGGGUCCAGUCCUCCCAAAUCACAAUCAUCGGGAUCAAAUUCAGACGUUGAUUCGGCGAUCGGCGAGCCACGACGACCGGGCACACGACAAUCGAAACCGAGGUCAAGGAAUGGAUGCUGGACAUGUCGCCAGAGAAAGGUCAAAUGUGACGAGGUUCGACCGGUAUGCGCGUCAUGUUGCCGAUUAGGAAAAGAGUGUGAAUGGGGUCAGAGAUGGAAAUUUGACGACUUGAGCAUACGCACACGACGGAGGCAUAAGCACGUGUCGGUUGCCGGAAGCCCAUCUUGGGACGAAACGAAUCAAGCACGUCUGAUGGCUCGUCAACUAUAUACUAGACAUCAGCCAACACUACCGCCGUUCACCGAACUCAGCAACGAAGACGAAAGAGAAAGGAAAGCCUUGACACAACCUCCUGGAACCUUCAACGUCAUCCUCACACCAGAGAGCUUUGGUCGAUUACCAGAAUAUGGCGGACUGAUCAGACGAUACCGAAGCGGAAGCGGAUCUUCGAGGUAUGGCUUCUCAGAAGACCCUAAUCUGAUUGUUCUUUCCGAAUUCGAGGACACACCUUAUUUCAUGGCCCUUCCCGAGCGCAAGUCUUCAUUUACAAGCUACACGACUCAAGCUUCUUAUACCCCGUCGGUCCAACGGGAUCUUACGAAUAAUGGAACUGGAGACGUUGAUGAAGUCAUGGCACAUUACAAAGAGUUCAUAUCCAAGAGAAUGAUGCCUCUCGGAUCGAGGUUCAGACUGAGCGAGUACGGCCAAGAGGACGUUAUCGUUAUAGAAUCACGAUCUUUUCCACCUNUUAUACCACGCAAUCUGCGCCAUUACACUGCUGAGCCUGGCGCUCAAAGGGCAACGACAUCUCCUAGCAGGAGCCUUCCAACAUUAUCAUCAAGCCAUCUCCGCAUGCAUGUCGAGUACAGAUAUGUCACAAGGCUCUUUUAUAUAUCUUCACUUCAUUCUUCUUCUUUACGACAUCUGUUGUGCGACUCAGAACUGCUCACCGGACGGAGUCAUGUGCAUUUCCAACAACUCGCUCGCCUAGCAUACUCCCGAGACAACUCCGAAGUCACAGAGUUACAAGCAUAUGUCCUUUGGUACACCCUCUUCUUGGAUGCACAAUCGUGCCUGACUGGAAACACAGAGUCUGGGUCUUUUGUCCGAACAUAUUUGAUGCACGGCGCGAGUCUACCAACCUGGCGCCAACCAGAAUGUUCAACUCACCAGCCUAAUCUUGAGAUAGCAGGUCUAUCUGCAGUGUCUGAGCUCGGUAAAUACAUGUGUACGCGGUUUGCGGAACUGAGUCAGCUGGCAUUGCGAAUGCGGGAAGAUCUUGAAGCCGGUCGUGGUAGUAUCGCGGAACAUCAAGACGCUGUGGCAGCAUUUCGAAAUGAGCUGUACUCGUCUUGGAACUCCAAGUACCCGACCUUCCUGCCCCGGGACUCGCCAGAAGCUGGCACAAGACUGCCAACCCUUGCUCGGACAGUGUUUGACNNUUUUGCAUCUCUUCAAUACUCUACAGCCCUGGUGUAUUUGCACACAAGCAUGUAUCGUGGUCAACGCAUUUACAUGACAUCGACCCAACGCAAGGAAGUCGCCAACCAUUGUCGUCACAUUCUCUCCAUGGCUGCUCUAGUGGUUGCAGAAAAGGGUACCGAGCAACAUCACAUCAUCUUCUCUGUCUUCUUGGCCGGCGUGAACAGCGCCAAUGACCACGACAAGAACCGUGCCAUUGGUAUUAUGCGCGCUAUGGAAGGCACCGGCAUCAGCUGCAACGUCACCAAAUCGCGCGAGCUACUCGAAGCAGUGUGUGCGGAGCAGAGGACACGAGCUGAUUUCGGUGGCAAUGCUGCUCAAGUCGAUUGGGUGUCUUUUGCCAAAGAUCGUGGCAUCAGGAUUGUGAAUCUGGGUCUGUGA